UAUAAUAUGUCGUUGCAAUAUAGCCCAACAAUAAAUGCGAUAUUGAGUGGCUUCUAAAGAACAGGGUUAUCUUAAGGAUAAGCUUAUCAAAGAGAAUAAUUAUUUUCAGCACUUGACAAACUUGUAAAGUUCAUAAUUUAUAAUGUAGAGUGGUUAAUUAUAUGAUCGUGAUGUUGCUUAACAAUUGUUUGAAUAAUGUUAACCUAAUCAAAGAGGUCAAGUUUAGUUAGAGGAUUUUGCAUAAGUUAUUAUGGAAGCAGACAAAGUGUUGAAGAAAAAAAUAAAUCAAACAGAAUAACAAAUCUAAUAAUAUAGAGAUGAAUUAAAAGAAUGUUAACAAUAAGCAUAAGAAUAAUAAUGUAAUAUUGAUAUAAAUAAAUAAAGAUAAUUAAAAAUUAAAUCCAUAAGGAGUAGAUAGAGACUCACAAUUAAUAAUUGUAAUAAAAUAAGCUCACAAUAUUCAAUUUUCUGAUUUUCAAAAUAGUUUUGUCAUAAUAUCUUUGGAUGGUAAUGAAAUCUAAAGUUAAAUGUCUUCUGGAGACAAAUAUAAUCCGAUGUUUAACUAAUAACUAAAUUUGUACAUUUUAAUUUAAUAAUAAGUUAAAUUUAAACUGGUUCUGAAGAGAUUUUAAUAAAGCUAUUUGUUCAAGAUAGAAAUCAAAGAAGAAUAUAAAUAGGCUAAAGUCAUUUAGAUUUAGGUGAAAUGCAUGAUCAAUAAGUACAUUCAUAAUAAUUGUAAUUAAUUAACGAAAGAUUUUAAUAAUUACAAACGUAUUUAUAAAUAGAAUGUUAAUGGAUUCAUAACAAAGUAUAAACAAUUGGUUUAUAAUUAGUUGAAAUAUCAUUAAGAAAUGAUUCUUAAAUAUGAAUAAACAAUUUAAUAAAGUUUAAUUGAUAUAGAUGAUUAUCAUAGAGAUUUAUUAACAAUUUAAUAACCAUUUUUAGAAAACAACUUAAGAAAUAAUUUAUAAUAAUCUUUAAAGUAACCUUAAAUUUCAUCAUUCCCUUAAUAAAACCAAGCAUUUAUGUAUUAAUAAUAAUAAAAUUAUGUGUAAUAAUAGAAACCCUUUUAAAGUUAAUAACAAUAAUAAAAUAUUUAAAUUCAUUUACCUGAUACUACUAAAAUUGAAGAUCAAAUAUCAGAUGAAUUAUAUUAUGGGUUUAUUUUAUAUAUGAUGAUGUUGCUCUUAACUUUAUUUUAAUGUUUUGCUCGUCCUGAUUUUUUGGAUGUAAAAUAUAUCAUUAUGAUAAGUUAAUCUUAGCAAUGUUAUAUUUGAUAAUAAUAUGUAGAGAUUGUUUUGAACCUACUUAUAUCAAAAUUAUCAGCGCUUUAACUGUUUUAAGUGUUGUUUAUGAUAUAGUAUGGAUAAGUAUAUAUAAAGUAUUGAAAAAUUAAAUAUUAGAAUUGGUGGAGUGGAACUGAUAAAACUCUACCAACUUGGGGAGAGGCAGGUGAUCCUAUUGUUAGAAUGACACUAGUUUUUUGUGUUUUUAACAUAAUUUUAAAGGUUGAAUUACAUAAUAUAAUAAGACUGCUUUGUGCUAUAUUUUAUUCCAUUAUUACAAGGAAUCUCAAGAAAAUAAAAUAUUAUUGUUUAAGUUUUGGUAAUUCGAAUUUCAUGUAGGAGUACACAAACAAAAUUUAUUUGCCACUAAUGGCCUUUUAGUGUGA